CAGCGUUCAUUUGCCAACGUUAACGUUUUGUGAUCGGGCUCAAAACGCUCGCGAAAAAACUCGCACAAGACGCGCGAAAAGUUUGAGCGGAACGAAAAAGUUUAAGGCCGCCUAAAACGCCCAAAGUUUUCGUUCAAUAAAAAAAAAAAAACCUAGUUUCGUGUCAAAGGAUAUAAGAAAAAUGUUUAAAAUUUUGUUGCCUGCAGUUGUGUUAAUUGCCUCAUGUCUGGGGAGUCCAGUGAGCAACAAUCGACGCUUCCCCAAUGACUUUCUCUGGGGCGUUGGCUCCUCCUCGUAUCAGAUCGAAGGAGGAUGGAAUGCGGACGACAAGGGUGAAUCCAUCUGGGACUUUCUCACCCACACACAUCCCGAGAAGAUAGUCGAUGGUUCGAAUGCCGAUAUCACUGCGGAUAGCUAUCAUCAGUGGCGCCGCGAUGUCCAAAUGGCCAAAGAACUCCAUGUGGGGACGUACCGUUUCUCGUUGUCAUGGCCACGAAUAAUGCCUGGCGGAUAUAUGAAUCACGUGAGCACCGCCGGCAUCAAGUACUACUCCAAUUUGAUAGAUGAGCUCCUGCGGUACAACAUCACUCCCAUGGUGACGAUCUAUCACUGGGAGCUGCCGCAGCGGCUGCAGGAGCUGGGUGGAUGGACCAAUCCGGAGAUCAUUCCCCUGUUCAAGGACUACGCCCGACUGGUGAUGGAGAUGUAUGGGGAUCGAGUGAAGAUGUGGACCACCAUCAAUGAGCCCUGGCACGUAUGUGAGCACGGCUAUGGUGCGGAUUACAUGGCACCAUCGUUCAAUUAUCCGGGGAUUCCCGCCUACCUGUGUGGUCACAAUCUGCUCAAGGCCCACGCGGAGGUAGUGCACAUGUACCGGGAUCUCUUCCAGCAGCGGCAGAAGGGACGCAUUGGCAUCACCCUGGACACUUCGUGGCCAGAGCCAAAGAAUGCCGAUUCCGCCGAGGAUCGCGAGGCCUCCGAGCGUGCCAUGCAGUUCUAUGUGGGUUGGUUCGGUCACCCCAUCUUCUCGAAGCAUGGAAACUAUCCGAAAGUGAUGAUCGAACGCAUCCGCAAUCUCAGCAAAGAGCAGGGCUUCGGUGUCCGCUCCCGCCUGCCAGAGUUCACGCAAGAGGAAAUCCGCCGCAUCCGCGGUACAGCCGACUUCUUCGGCAUUAACUCCUACACGAGUAAUCUCGUCACGAGUAAUGGUCACAAUAACACAGGAAAGUUCCCAGUGCCUUCGUUCAAUCAUGACAUGGGCGUGGUGGAGAGUCAGGAGGGUGUCGAUUGGCCCGGUUCGGGUUCUGUUUGGCUAAAGGCGUAUCCCAAGGGCAUGUACAACCUGCUCAAGUGGAUUCACCGCGAGUACAAUGCACCCGAAAUAAUUGUCACUGAGAAUGGCGUGAGCGAUCGUGGGGGCUUGGAUGAUUAUGCCCGUGUAGACUACUACAAUUCGUAUCUAGAUGCCAUUCUAAAUGCCAUCGAGGAUGGUGUUAAUAUUAGUGGCUACAUUGCCUGGAGCCUGAUGGACAGCUACGAGUGGAAGGCUGGCUUCACGGAGAAGUUCGGGCUCUAUCAUGUAGAUUUUACAUCACCGAAGCGCACGCGUACGCCCAAGAUUUCAGCGCGAGUAUUUGCCCAGAUCUGCAAGACGAAUGAGAUCGACUGGAGCUUCCGGCCGACGCUCGAUGAUCAGCAAUUGGUGGCCUUGGCGCAGUUACCCGCUGAAGAAAUAGAUACUCGAUCGAGUGGAGCCUCUAAUAUUGUAGGCUGGAGUCUGCUUUCCAUCGUUCUGUUGACUUUUCUCAGAUGAGAGAAGUAGAGAGAGAAA